GCAGGAUCCAGAUACAUCAGUCAAGCUGCUGCCAAAGUUGACAUCGAAUUUGAUUAUGAUGGGCCACUCAUGAAGACAGAAGUCCCCGGGCCUAGAUCUCAGGAGUUAAUGAAACAGCUGAAUACAAUCCAGAACGCAGAGGCGGUACACUUUUUCUGCAACUAUGAAGAAAGCAGAGGCAACUACCUAGUGGAUGUGGACGGCAACCGAAUGUUGGACCUGUAUUCUCAGAUCUCCUCUGUCCCCAUAGGUUAUAACCAUCCAGCUCUGGCGAAACUCAUCCAACAGCCUCAAAAUGUGAGUACUUUCAUCAACAGACCUGCCUUGGGCAUCCUGCCUCCAGAUAACUUUGUAGACAAACUCCGAGAGUCCUUGAUGUCGGUGGCACCCAAGGGCAUGUCCCAGCUCAUCACCAUGGCCUGUGGCUCCUGCUCCAAUGAGAAUGCAUUCAAGACCAUCUUCAUGUGGUACCGGAGUAAAGAACGAGGGCAGAGAGGUUUUUCAAAAGAAGAGCUGGAGACCUGCAUGGUCAACCAGAGUCCUGGAUGCCCCGACUACAGCAUCCUCUCCUUCAUGGGCGCUUUCCACGGGAGGACUAUGGGAUGCUUAGCAACCACACACUCCAAAGCAAUUCACAAGAUUGACAUCCCCUCCUUUGACUGGCCCAUUGCACCAUUCCCACGGCUGAAAUACCCCCUGGAGGAGUUCGUGAAGGACAACCAGCAAGAGGAGGCCCGCUGCCUAGAAGAGGUAGAAGAUCUGAUUGUGAAGUACCGGAAAAAGAAGAGAACAGUGGCUGGAAUCAUCGUUGAGCCCAUCCAGUCCGAGGGCGGAGACAACCAUGCAUCAGAUGACUUCUUUCGGAAGCUGAGAGACAUCGCCCGGAAGCAUGGCUGUGCCUUCCUGGUAGACGAAGUUCAGACUGGAGGAGGCUGUACAGGCAAGUUCUGGGCCCACGAGCACUGGGGCUUGGACGACCCAGCCGAUGUAAUGUCCUUCAGCAAGAAGAUGAUGACCGGGGGCUUCUUCCACAAGGAGGAGUUCCGGCCAAGUGCUCCUUACCGGAUCUUCAAUACCUGGCUGGGAGACCCCUCCAAGAACCUGCUGCUGGCCGAGGUCAUCAACAUCAUCAAGCGGGAGGACCUGCUCAGCAACGUGACCCAUGCCGGGCAGACCCUGCUCACAGGGCUGCUGGAUCUCCAGGCCCGGUACCCCCAGGUCAUCAGCAGAGUGAGAGGACGAGGCACCUUUUGCUCCUUUGACACCCCAGAUGAAUCCAUACGGAAUAAACUCAUUCUGAUCGCCAGAAACAAAGGUGUGGUAUUGGGGGGCUGUGGUGACAAAUCCAUCCGUUUCCGUCCCACGCUGGUCUUCAGGGAUCACCACGCUCACCUGUUUCUCAAUAUUUUCAGUGACAUCUUAGCAGACUUCAAGUAAAGAAGCCAUCCCCGUGACAUUCAGAGAAAGCCUGAUCUCAAUGGUGUCAACUUGAUUAGUUUGCCUAAUUCAUAUUUUCACUUAAAAGUUUAUCAGAGGCGAA